AUGCAGAUCGCGGAUCUUAAGGACUUCCUUCUUUCACGCGGUUUGUCUCUCUCUCCUCGCGAUCACCACCGUCGGUAUUACCUCCAGAUUGCACUGGAUUGGCUAAGGACGAAUCGUGGUGAUCGAGAUGCUGGUUACGAUCCGACUGCUGGCAUUGGGCCUCCGGAACGAGAUCCGACGGCGCCGAUUUCAUCUGUUGCUGUCGGCGAAUCAGGGAGAUGGUUUCAGGAGGAGCAGCAGCGGCAGCAGCAAAGCGAGCAACCGCAGCAUCGGCAGCAGCAGCAGCAGCAGCAGCAGCAGCAGCAGCAGCAGAAUGAGCAGCAGCAUCGUCGGCACGCGCAGGAGCAGGAGCUAAGAUCCAUGAGCACGGCUCUGCUGAAGCAGUGGCUUCUCGAGCAAGGCGUGGAUCUCUCCCCUCGAGAGCACAAGCGAGCCUACUACCUCCGGAUGGCUCUUCCGCUGCUCGCUUCCCCCGGCGCUCCCAUCUCCUUCGCCUCUCCGCAGCUCGCGUCACUGAACACGCUCUUCUCGCCUCCCAUGGGCUCGCCUGACACGCGCGCGCCAUUGAACACGCCCUUCACGCCUCCCUUGGGAUCGGCUUAUGAUGACACGUUCGUUGCAGCUCUGUCUGGCGAGAACCGAUACGCGGAGGGCCAGCAGCGCCGUGGGAAGCAGCAGGCCAAGGGGAAAUCGACACCUCCCACAGCAGAGAGCGCGUGUGUUACAGCAGGGCAUAAGAGAGCGGCUGAAGCAGCAGCAGGGGGAGGAGAAGCAGGAGCAGGAGCACCUGGAGGAGCAACACGAGGAGCUACCGUGGUGCCAACGCCUGGCGAAACGGCUGCUGAAUCCUGGGAAACACCUGAGGAAACACCUGAAGGAUGGGGAGUGAAGAGGGACCAGGAGAAGCGCAGCAGCCACAGAUGGUGGUGGUGGUGGGGCAGCUCUUUCACGCAGGGACGACGGGAGAGGGAGGAAGAAGCAGGCGCUGGUGUGUAUGAUAGGGAGGAGCACAUGCGUCAGUCCGUGCAACAGCAGCAACAGCAGCAGCCGCAGCAGGGAAACCAGCAGCAGCAGUGGCAUCAUAAUCGGAAACAGCAGGAGCAGCAGCAGCAGUGGCAUCAGCAUCAUCAUCAGCAGCAGCAGCAGCAGCAGGGAGAGGAGGAAUCAGACACCAGCUCCUUCGUCUCAGCUUCCGAUUUCCUCCAUCUCCCUUCUUAUGAACGCAGCAGGGGUAUCCAUCCAGAGGCGGGGCAGCACAGGCGUCAUGUGCGUGGAUCAGCAUGGGUAGGGAGUGAUGGCGGAAGCGAUGGUGGAGAGACAAGUGCAGGAGGGGAUGCAUGUGCACGUGGAGCUGGCAAUGGCGAGAGAGCUGGCAAUGAAGAGACUAAGAAUGGUACCUGGAGUCGGGUGCGAGGCCAUGGAGUGGCACGCAGGAUCUCAGCGAGUAUAUUUUUCCCCUGGCUCCUGCUUUCCUCCUUCCUUUCCUUCCUUCUUUCACUCUUCCUUGCCUUCUUCCGGAGACUGAAAGGCUCGGCGGCUCGCCGCUCGUCAUGGACAGGAACGCCGUCCACCCGCACGUCGACAUCAUCAUCAGCAGCACCGUCUUCAGCCUCGCCGUCAGCAUCACUGUCAGCAGCAACAGCAGGAGCAUCUACGACACCUGCUGCUUUCACGGGAAAUGUUGCUGCUGCGGGUCUGCCAGGCGUCCCUCCCUCUGUUGGAAACGUUGCUGCUCCUCGCGCCUCACCCAUCCUACCCCGGCAGCUCCACUUUUGGGCGUCCCACCCUGCCAUCCCUUCAAUCGCCUCGCCUCCCCUGUCUGGUGCACCGCCUGACGGAGGAGUUGGAAGAGCAGCAGCAUUGGCAGCAGCAGGUGGAGGAAGAAGGGAAGUCAAAGGCUGGUUCAGCUGGUCAGGAGGGCAGGCAGCACAGUCAAGCAGGCAGAAGAAAGAGAGCGGACGUGCAAGGGACAGGAAGCAAAGGCGUGGCGCAUGGUCCUGGUCCGUGCAAAUGCUGCUGCUGCAGGCAGUGCAGCUGGUGGCAAUGGUGGGCGUGGCAGCAGGCGUGUACUUCUCCGCCUGGACGCUCAUUCAGUCCCUGGAGCACCGCCUGCUCCCCUUCUGUGAUAGUCAUGCCAAGAAACCCCACAGCAACCUGGAAUCCACAUCCAGGGAAUCCGAUUCACUGUCAGCGCCACUGUCGGUAAUGUCGCAGCAGCAGGAGCCCCUGUUUCUCUCCACGGUCACACAACCACCCGGCAAGUCCCCUUCGCGUCAUUCCCCUCUGUACAAUCUUCCUCUGUCCUCUCCUCCCCCCGUGCCCACGACUGCUGUUCGCUGCCGUCAGUGCCCGGACCAUGCAGAAUGCUCCAAGGGAGUUGCCAAGUGCCGUCCCAGCUACAGCCCUGCUUCAGGCUACAACCGUCCUCGCUACAGCCGUGCGUCAGAUCGCAGCGGACUCGGUGCCACUUUAGGACACACCAGCGGUAGUGGCAGCGGCAGCAGUGGCAGUAGCAGUGGCAGUGGCAGAAGCAGCGCCUCCAGGGGGCUAGAGGACAGUAGCAGUGGCGGGAAGAUUACCUGGUGGUAUGCCCUUGUCUCGUCCUCCCUUGCGUGCGUUCCCGACCCAAUCGUGGACCGCCAAGUGGCAGCUCUGGAGAGGGACGUGGUUGGCUGGGCGUGUCAGAAACGUGCCUGGCAAAUGUGUGCAGAUGCACCUGCCAGCCUGGAAGAUGGGAUGAGGAGAGCUGCACAAUCUGUACUCCAAAUGAUGUUGCACAGUAUUGGAACUGUUUAUAGAGGUGAAAGUGGUGGGAGCUGCAACGCUGGGGGUGGAAAUGGGUGUUGGUGGGUGAAUAAGGAAGGGGACUCGUUCGCGGAAAGGAGCAGGGUUGGGUAUGUGAGUGAGUGGGAGGUGAGAGAGGCUCUUGAUCUUCCCUUGGCUCCUGCCUCUGCCUUUCCCCUUCAGUCGUCCACCUCAGGCAGUGCAUCACCCUAUGUUCCUGUGCCACCACUGGCGGAAGCUGCAUCAUCACCAGCAGGUUCGAUACUGGAUGGUUGGCAGCUGGAGCAGCAACAGGAGCAGCAGCAGGAGCAGCAGCAACAGCAGCAGGAGGGGGGAUCACGGGAGGCAGAGUCAGGCUCGAGCAAGCAUGAGAGGGAUUUUCUUGUUGCACUGGUUGCUGACAGGGCGUUCGCCAGAGUUCAGUCAGGUGACACUUUACUCCGUCCGGGCAGGAGGGAGAAAACCUUUACCUGCCCGGAUGAACUGGCACAAGAGCUGGUGUCCAACAGCUGCUGGGCAUGGCAUGUGACGGCGUCUCAUUGGUUGGACCUCCUUUUGGCUCUGCCCUGUGGGAUUCUGUUUGCUGUGGCUGGCUUGAUGAUCAAGAGGAGGAGGGAGUGGGAAGAGGCUUAG